UCCCUCUGGGCGUGUGGACAAACCCACGACACGAUUUGUUAGCUCCGUUUUUUCGUCGUAAAUCCCAGAAGACGUGGUUAUUGUAAUCCGGGUGGUCCUGUGCUGCGAUGCGUGCCGCCCUCAUCUGUUGUUGGCUCCGUGUGUGCUGAAACAUUCAGUCCGCCUUCCUUACCCUCCCGCACCCGAUCAUCGAUCCACAAACCCCACAAAAAAACUCGCGGGACUCGAUCAUGCGCAAUAGCCCGUCUAUAACUACCCAGAAGCACCGAUAGGACAGGCGUUUAAUUAGUCUCCGGUCAUCUUUGGGACGACCUUUUUAUUUUCUCACUUCUUUUAGGGGUGGUGCUGCAAAAUGGACGCCUAUCCCAGGACUGGUUCUAUCCUCGUAUUUGUCAGUCUUUUGGUCCUCUCAGUAUUCGGCCAAGACACUGGCUCGCAGCAAUGUCAAGACAACGCAUGCUGCGUGCUCGGACCCCCGGGCAUUCCCGGAACCAAUGGCGUUCCUGGAAGCAACGGGAUUCCCGGAUCUCCCGGACUGGGCGGAGUGGACGGCGAGAAGGGUGACCGGGGUCUGCCGGGGAGGCCGGGAAAACCUGGGGCGAAGGGAGAGAAGGGAGAGCCCGGCACAGGAGCAGCGUUACCCGUCCUCAACAUCAAACAGUGCGCCUGGCAGAAACUCAGCGAUGACCGUGACCAUGGCAAAAUCACGGAGUGCCCGUUUAACAAGCUGUCAGCCAACUCCUCUCUCCGUGUGCUGUGGAACGGAGCCCUCCGGGUGACGUCGACCAGCGGCUGCUGCAAGCGGUGGUACUUCACCUUCAACGGGAUGGAGUGUUCGGGCCCGCUGCCGAUCGAGGGACUGGUCUUCACGAACGCAGGCAACGGCAUGAACGGACUCAACAUUCACCGGGUUUCCUCCAUUGAAGGCAUCUGCAGCAAUGUUCCAAAAGGUCCGGUUAACGUGGAGCUGUGGGUCCGGAACUGUGAGGGCAUCAGUAACAGCGGCAACGCCUACACAGGCUGGAACUCCGUCUCCAGAGUCAUCGUGGAGGAGAUCAUGUUGCCAAACAACUCCGACGACAUGAAGUGAAGAAGAUAGUACAUGUGGUCAUUAGAUCCAGUGUCAAGUGCUGAAUAUGUAAAACAAGCUGCUCCAACCGAUGUUGUAUACAUGAAAAUCACAUGAUUAAUGUACUUCGUAUUGGUGAUGCGAAGCAAAACGAUAUAAUAUUGACAUCGUAGGAAAUUUGAUAGAUGGGUGUUGUUUUGUUUAUAAAUACAUGAAUACGCAAGUUAUCUGUGGCACCAAAUGUUACUGACUGUUAAUGUAUUUAGAGAAUGUAUGAUGUAUACUGUGUACAUGGGUUACAUGUAAGGAUCAACUUAACUUAGAUGACAAGGCGCCAUACUCUAUAUGUGCAACUUUGUGCAUAUUAAAAACUGUCUGCACAUGGUCAUGAAGAAAAGUGUAGUUACUGUAGCAGGAAUUCAGGUCCGACGACAAUGUAAUGAACUAGAUAUUUC